GAUAUUACCGACGUGUCUUUGGGGGCGAAGAAAGACUCAUCUCUCCCUCUGGUUAUUAGAUUUGUCUUCUUCUUCUUCUUUUUCUUCUUCUUCGAGUUCGCAAAGAUGAACGUCGGCUGCGUCAUCCUGGCGUGCACCUUACUUGUGGGCGCCUCCUCGGGGAGUAAGGCGGGCCAGCCCCUCAAACCCGCCUGCCGACCGGGUUUCUCCCAGAACUUCUACACGGUGAUCGUCUCCAGAGACAUUCUGCACGGCCAGAUCAUCCUCAAAGACACCACCCUGUCCAGUGGACGUGUGAAGUUCGAGGACUGCCAACCGCGCAGCCGAGAUCUGGGCUUCGUCAGCAGCGACCCAAACUACAGCGUGAGGCCCGACGGCUCGGUGUACGCCGAGCAGGAGCUGUCCGACCUGUCGGAGCCCGUCCAGUUCAUGGUGACGGCCCGGGGGCUCCACGACGCCCACAUCUGGGAGACCACCGUCAAGCUGGCGCUGGCCGGACACCCUCACCCCGCGGCGCUGACGAAGGGCGCCAUCGAGGAAAUGCUGUCGCGAGCCCGGGACUCCCAGCCCCGAGUGAUCCGGUUCGCUCGGAGGCACCUGAGAGGCUCCGCCUCCAACGGGCUGCGGCGCCAGAAGAGGGACUGGGUGAUCCCGCCCAUCAACGUGCCCGAGAACUCCAGAGGACCCUUCCCCCACAUGCUCGUCAGAAUCCGCUCCGACCAGGACAAGGCCUCCGGCAUCCGCUACAGCAUCACGGGCGCCGGCGCCGACCAGCCGCCGAGCGGCAUCUACAACAUCGACCCCGUCAGCGGCAACAUGUUCGUCACGCAGCCCCUGGACCGCGAGGAGAGAGCCUCCUUCCACCUGCGAGCGCACGCCGUGGACAUGAACGGGAACCAGGUGGAGAACCCCAUCGACCUGUACAUCUACGUGAUCGACAUGAACGACAACCGGCCCGAGUUCCUGAACCAGGUCUACAACGGCUCCGUGGCGGAGGGGUCCAAACCGGGCUCGUCCGUGAUGCAGGUGACGGCCAGCGACUCGGACGACUCCACCACCGCCAACGGCAUGGUGCGCUACCGCAUCCUGUCCCAGACGCCCCACAGCCCCAUCCCCAACAUGUUCACCAUCAACAGCGAGACCGGAGACAUCGUGACGGUGGCGGCCGGCCUGGACAGAGAGAAAGUGUCCCAGUACACCAUCAUCGUCCAGGCGACCGACAUGGAGGGCAACUUGAACUUCGGAUUGUCCAACACGGCCACGGCUCUCAUCAGCAUCACCGACAUCAACGACAACCCCCCAGAACUGACCGUCAGAACCUUCUCGGGGGAGGUUCCAGAGAACAAGGUGAACGUGGUGGUGACCAACCUGACGGUUCUGGACCGGGAUCAGCCUCACAGCCCCAACUGGAACGCCGUGUACCGCAUCGUCAGCGGCGACCCGGCCGGACACUUCGCCAUCCGCACCAACCCCGUCACCAACGAGGGGAUGCUGACGGUCGUCAAGCCGGUGGAUUUCGAGAUGAACCGCGCCUUCAUGCUCACCGUGGUGGUCUCCAACCAGGCCCACCUGGCCAGCGGCAUCCAGUCGUCGCUCCAGUCCACGGCGGGCGUCACCAUCUCGGUGCAGGACGUCAACGAGCCGCCCGUCUUCCCCGUCAACCCCAAGAUGAUCCGCUUCGAGGAGGGCGUUCCCGCCGGCACCACGCUGACCGUGUUCGCCGCCCAGGACCCCGACCACUUCAUCCACCAGAUAGUCAGGUACUCCAAGCUGUCAGACCCGGCUAACUGGCUGAAGAUCAACAAGACCAACGGUCAGAUCACCACCAUGGCGCUGCUGGACCGCGAGUCGGUGUACGUGAAGAACAACGUGUACGAGGCCACGUUCCUGGCGUUCGACAAUGGUAAGUCGGGCUCACCUCAAGCCAGCGGGACGGGGACCCUCCAGAUCUACCUGAUCGACGUGAACGACAACGCCCCGGUGCUGAUCCCCAGGGAGUCCCAGGUGUGCGCGCUGGCCCGCCCCAACUCCAGGGUCAACAUCACGGCGGCGGACGCCGACGCCGACCCCAACGUGGGGCCCUUCGUCUUCGAGCUGCCGUCCUUCCCCGCCAGCGUCCGCCGCAACUGGACCAUCUCCCGCCUCAGCGGCGACUACGCUCAGCUGAGGCUGAAGCUGCCGUACCUGGAGGCGAGCGUGUACGAGAUCCCCGUCGUCGUGUCCGACUCGGGGAACCCCCCCCUGUCCAACCGCUCCGUGAUCCGGGUCAAGGUGUGCCACUGCGACGACAACGGGGACUGCAGCGCCACGGGGGCGGUGGCGGCCGCCGGCCUCGGCACCGGCGCCAUCAUCGCCAUCCUCAUCUGCAUCAUCAUACUGCUCACCAUGGUGCUGCUGUUCGUGGUGUGGAUGAAGCGCAGAGAGAAGGAGCGCCAGGCGAAGCCACUGCUCAUCGACCCCGAGGACGACGUCAGAGACAACAUCCUGAAAUAUGACGAGGAGGGGGGAGGAGAGGAGGACCAGGACUACGACCUGAGCCAGCUGCAGCAGCCCGAGUCUCUGGACCACAUCAUCACCAAGCCGGCGGGGGUGCGCCGCGUGGACGAGAGACCCGUGAUCGCCGAGUCCCAGUACCCCGUCAGACCCAGCCUGCCCCACCCCGGGGACAUCGGAGACUUCAUCCACGACGGUCUGAGGGCGGCGGACAACGACCCCACGGCCCCCCCCUACGACUCCCUGCUGGUGUUCGACUACGAGGGCAGCGGCUCGACCGCCGGCUCCGUCAGCUCGCUGAACUCCACCAGCUCAGGGGACCAGGACUACGACUACCUCAACGACUGGGGGCCCCGCUUCAAGAAGCUGGCCGACCUCUACGGGGGAGGGGAGGGAGACUGAGAGCGGGGGGGGGGGGGGCUGGAGUCGGGAGAGGCGGGCUUCAGGUGGGAUGCUCCUUGAGAAACCUGGCAGCGACCCGCCGCCCGCAAGAAACACAAAUCCUCGCCGCGGCGCAAACUGAAUCCCGGCUUUAUAUUUCGUAGUGGCGAGUUUCUAGUGUGCCGUUUUUAUUUUUAUUUUAUUUUCUCUCGCCGCGCUGGACCCAGAAACUUCUCUGGGGAUGAAUCAAGGCGGUCGAGAGAGACACGAGUCGUGAACCUGUGGCCAUUUUUUAUUUUUGUUUUAGUCUCACACUGAAGAGAAUGUUAUUUUGGGGGGGGAGGGGAGUGUGUGUGUGUGUGUGGGGGGGUGCUCUGACUCUCUCUCUUUCAACUUGAAUUUCCUUAGAAACAGAAGCACUGUCAUUUUUUUUUUUAUAAAGUGCCUUUUGUGGUGUGUUUUUGUAUCGGACCUCCUGCGAUCUCAGGGUCGGUUGCCAUUCGUGCGGUGGAGGGCGCGUCGACCCCCCCCCCCACCCACCCCCGCCCGUCACUCUCCUCUCCUCCCCUCACACAAGUGGUGCAGAUGAACAACCCCUAUAGCAGCCAGUCCCAGGAGGGAAACAGGACCCACUGCAGGGCGGACUGUCGGAUAUCAUAACCCAAUGAAUUAUGGCCUCAUGAGACGAGCCGGUAACACUCCCCCCCCCCCCCUCCCCCCAGAGGACCCGCUCAGUUUGACUUUCACGACACGCCGACGAUGCGCGAGGGGUUGUUUUUUGGGGGGUUUCCGCCUUUCCUCUCUGGACUCACGAGUUUUCGGAGCCUUCGUGUUGAGAUGCUUGCCUGCCCUGUGAUGGUUUUGUGUUGCUCUCUCCACACUGUAAAGCUUAUGUAGGCAUGACCGGAGUCGUCAGACGGUGUAUAAGACAAGUGGGACUUCAAAUGACUUGGAACGAUCUGAAAACUUCUUCUUCUUUUUUAUCGCCUUGAACAUUUCCCCGUUUCUUUUUUAAUAAGCCAACAAAAAACAAAACAAAAAAAUAUUAAAAAGGUGCAUGAUUCUUUUUUUGUUUUUUUUUGUUCUCCAAAUGUUUUACUCUAAUAAAGCACUUGUUAUACUUAUGUGGUGAGAAUGUGAAAAAUAGUCAGCGGAAACUAUAUGAGUAUAUACUCUGUAUAAAGACUGAGAAAAUACUAGAUACUGUAAGAUACCUAUUUUUGAAGUAUUGAUGACAUAACAGUUGCUGCUCUUUCUCUAGCUCUUCGCUGGGCCCAGGGGAUUUUUUUGGCCCGUUCAUUUUGAAUAUGUGGAUAUUUUUUUCCUUUGUCUUCUAGCAUUAUUCCAUUUUUUUAUUUUAUUUUUUAAAGAUGCCUGCUUCUUCACAUUUGGUUUCAGUUCCGCUGUUUGUGUUUCUUCUCAUGAGAUUGUUUUCUAAAAAAAAAAGAGGAAAAGAAAUGCUUUGUUAUACUCCUUUUAUAUGUGAAAACACAGCCUUCCCCCUUUCACUCUCUAUUGUCUCUGACGGACGCGCUCCUCCCGUCGGCCUCGUGGCCUCGGCGCGGAGGACGCUCCACUAGCCAUGCCUGCUGAUAGUUGUUCUAUUAUUCAGUGUCCUGGAAUUCUUUUAUUCAAUCAUCUAGAUACUGGAUGUGUGCUUCAGAAAAUAAACAAGACGUGUUU